AUGAUGAGCCCCAAUGACCGGUUUAGCUGGCUACCUCAAUUGAAGCACAUCAAAUCCAAUUCUACAAUAUCCACAACAAUGUCUGCUCCCUUACCCGGCCGCCAAUCCCCCUCUCCGGAGCGCCAAACCGGCGCCCAGCAGCAGGAUACCCCCGGCACCGGCAAGACCGACGUCGGCAAACACUCAGUACCCGAGACCUCGCGGCGAUCGUCAGAGGACUUUAGGGACAAUGUGCUGACGAGCAACCCCGAACACCCGCUAGAGAAGAUUGAGGCGGAUAAGUACAUCAAGGGAAAACAACAUUGA